AGUAUGGUGUUAAGAAAUGGUACUGAGGUCUUUGACUCCUGGGAGAAACCCCCUCUACCUGUGUACACCCAGUUCUACUUCUUCAAUGUCACCAAUCCAGAGGAGAUCCUCCAAGGAGAAAUUCCCAUACUUCAAGAAGUGGGACCAUACACAUACAGGGAAAUCAGGAACAAGGCAAACAUCCAAUUUGGAGAGAAUGGAACAACCAUAUCGGCUGUUAGCAAUAAGGCAUAUGUUUUUGAACGAAACCAAUCUGUUGGCGACACUAAUGUUGACUUGAUUAGAACGAUAAAUAUUCCUCUGUUGACUGUUGUGGAACUGACCCAGCUGCCCCUGCUUAAGGAAAUCAUUGAGGCCAUGCUGAAAACCUACCAGCAGAAGCUGUUUGUGACUCACACAGUGCACGAGCUGCUCUGGGGCUAUAAAGAUGAGAUCUUGUCCCUCGUCCAUGUUUUCAAGCCUGGAAUCUCCCCUAACUUUGGCCUGUUCUACGAAAAAAAUGGAACUAAUGAUGGAGAUUAUGUUUUCCUAACUGGAGAAGACAAUUACCUCAACUUUACAAAAAUUGUGGAGUGGAAUGGUAAAACGUCACUGGACUGGUGGACCACAGACGAAUGCAAUAUGAUUAACGGGACAGAUGGAGAUUCUUUUCAUCCACUGAUAACCAAGGAUGAAGUCCUCUAUGUGUUCCCGUCUGACUUCUGCAGGUCAGUACAUAUAACUUUCAGUGGUUUUGAGACUGUGGAGGGUUUGCCUGCUUUUCGGUAUAAGGUGCCUGCAGAAAUACUAGCCAACACCUCUGAAAAUGCAGGCUUCUGCAUCCCUGAAGGAAACUGCAUGGACUCGGGAGUGUUGAAUGUCAGCAUCUGCAAGAACGGUGUACCGAUUAUCAUGUCUUUCCCACACUUUUACCAAGCUGAUGAAAAGUUCGUUUCUGCCAUAAAAGGCAUGCACCCAAACAAGGAAGAGCAUGAGACAUUUGUGGACAUUAAUCCUUUGACUGGAAUUAUUUUAAGAGCAGCCAAGAGAUUCCAAAUCAACACUUAUGUUAAAAAAAUAGAUGGCUUUGUUGAAAUGGGAAACAUUAGGACUAUGGUUUUCCCAGUGAUGUAUCUCAAUGAGAGUGUUCUCAUUGACAAAGAGACUGCAAGUCGAUUGAAGUCCGUGACUAACACGACUUUGAUAGUCACCAACAUACCCUACAUCAUCAUGGCAUUGGGAGUGUUCUUUGGCUUGGUUUUCACAUGGCUUGCAUGCCGAGGACAGGGGCCCAUGGAUGAGGGAACGGCAGAUGAAAGAGCACCCCUCAUACGAACCUAAUCAAACUUACCUGUUGCCUGAGCUUGGUGAGAGAAUGUGUGAACUGACCUGAUCUGGACCAGGACAGGGGAAUCCCUGAGUCCUCACAGGCUCCUGGCCUGUCAAGAAGAGGGAGAAGUCACAGUGCCGGCAAGUGAGGAACGCUUCCUGGACAGAGGGUAAUGAGCAGGGUGACAUGGCUGGCCAUUAUGCUUUAUAAAAUCAUGUCUCUGAAAUUGUUCUAAUGUGUCUAGGAAGUAUCUAAUAAACUUGUGUAGAAACUUUGGGUUGGGCUCUGGGAGCUGUGGGAUUUCUGUGACCCCCAUUGUAGAUACAAAGUCUGCAUCACUUGUUAACGUUAGUUGACCUGACCUGAUUCAGUAUGCCUCAUUCUCCAAACUGUGUCUAAUAUAUAUAUGUAUGUAUGUAUGUAUGUAUGUAUGUAUGUAUGUAUGUAUGGCUCUCCAUUCAACUUCUUACACAAGAGGAAGAGUGUGGCAGCCAGGGUAAAAUGACAGCUUUGUAUGAUGCACCCACACAGAAGUGUCUGCUUUCUUUGAGACAUUACAUCCUGCAUUUCACUCUCACCUCCAGCUUGUAAUUCCUUCAGGAAGAUAACUUAGUCUUUUGACUAUUUUAUGUGGGUAGGAGUCACAUGGGAAAGGGGUAGGGUGGAGUGGUGUCUGUACGUAGAUAGCUUUGAGCUCCUGAGGAUUUUAAAGUUGUGCUUUUGUGGAGCAAGAUGAUGUUGGGGAGGGUGAGACAGACAGUGUAGAAUACAAUUCAGUGAGCUAUGGCAUUCAUGGGCUGUUGUUUUUAGUCAAAGCUAUCUUGAUGUAGAAAUAUGCUUCUGGGAGGAGGGAACCAAUGACAUAUCCCCCAGGCAUCUUUGCCAAAUAGGAUGGUGAUAUGAAUGAUGGUGACUGCCAGAUAUUGAAUGAUUACUUGUAAAAUUACAAACAUUGGAAAUCCAUCUGCCCAUAGCUUACAUCACAUAUAGAAUCCAAGUAUUGAAUGAUUAUUAUAAAAUUACAAACAUUGGAAAGUCCAUCUGCCCAUAGCUUAUAUCACAUAUAGGCCCAGGGAGGCAUUUCAUUUGGACUAGACUUUGAAAAGAAAAUUUUAAAUUCAUUCCUUAGGUUUAGUCCCAGCCAGUGUUUUGUGGUUCACUGUCACUUAAGUGCUCUCUGCUUCCUGUGACAAUCAUUUUCCAACAGAAUGGCAAGUGUUUAGUGACAGGUAGAAAGUACUUAAGAUGAGGGGGUCUGAAAAGGAGCCGGCUACACAGCAGGUCACAGCUGUUAGACCUCAGUCGUCAUGGAGGGUAUCAUCUUUGCUUCUCAGAGCCCAUCAUUGAUUUUCAAUGAGGAACCCUACCUUUAUAUUACCUGGUCAAACUCUCAUAUAAUUUCAUGAAAACUGAAUUUUGUUAUUUAAAACUGAAUUUCAAUGUAAACAAAAAAAUUUAAAAACUGAGAUUUCACAUAUGUACUUGUAGGUAAAAUGUUGCUUUAAUCUACAAGCCCAAAUUUUCCUCUUUUGACUCUAAAGCAAUAUGUGACAUUUUCCUUCUUUUUUAUCUUGGUGUUUUGAGACGGUCUCUCCAUGUAGGCCUGGCUGUUCUGGAACUCACUGUGUAGACCAGGAUGGCAUUGAACUCACAGAGCUCCACCUGCUUCUGCCUCCUGAGUUCUGGGAUCAGUGAGUCACCAUGUUUGGCUGCUGUGUCUCUUCUUGAAGGGACAAGUUCAUUAAAUUUUCACCUUUCCUACAAAUCAAGGUAGGAAUAUUAGAUUCCCCAAACAACCAAAAUGUGAAGACUAAUUGAAAAUACUUGAUCUUUAAAAAUGACAAAUAUCUUUAGACUUUAUCAAUAAUUAACUAGGCAAUUAGCUUAACUUGGUCUUCAUGCAUUGAGACAGGGUCUCACUCUGUAGCUCAGGCUGAUUCAAAACUCACUAUGUAGCAUAGGUUGACCUUGAACUUCUGGGAAGCCCCUUGUCUCAUCCUCUCAAGAGCUAGGGUUACAGGUUUGUACUACACCUGACUGUCUUUAUGCAAAUGCUUAUCCACACUAAUAAAUUGAUAAGCUAGUGCAUACUAAUUGGUUCAUUCCUAUUUUCAGGAUAUAGUCAUCUCUGAGGAGAUUUAAAAAAAAAACAAACAGUAAUUACAGCAGUUAAUGGUGUACAUAGUAGGCUAAAUCUCACAUAGAAAGAGACCAAAAACAGAUUAAUUCUUUAUUAGUGUCAUGGUUAUUAAUAGUGAUGGCUCAAAAUCACAUUUGAUAUUUUCCUUCUAAGAGGCUGGUGGCAGACCCAUAAGCCACAGUCGGAAUUAUAAGUUGACUAACAACAAAUGUACCCAUUUUGUGUGGGGUUGAAAGUAGCAAGCUGUUCUCUGGGUUAACUCUUCUGAGACCAUUAUUAUCCUGGGAAGGUCCCAAAGGCUGUGGGGCCAUCAGCAUUCUCACACCAUAGGAUAGCAGGGAACUGGGAAGGCACAGGGUAAGGUGUGGGCAUUUCUAGGUAGGCUCCAGGUUCUUCCCAGUUGACUUUACAGAGAUCACUAAUGAUCAGAUGGAAUGAGCACUGCACAGCUAACCCCUAUGGGGGUUUUCACUUAAGGGGGCUACUCUUUAACUUGUUUGCAGUGUGAACUCCCCAAAAGGCCCUCUGGGCAUUUGUUACUGGUGUAAAUUACUUGUGCCUGAUCUCUAUGUUCUUCAUGUACUUUACACAGUUGGUUUAUUUCUUGUGAUUCUUGACCUGGUUUUAUUUCUACCCAUAAUGUAAUGAAGUGUUUCACUAAUUAAAAAAAAAAAAGAGUUUACAUGAA